AUACCCUAGCUAUAUCAUAAUUGCAUACCCCAAUUUGUAUAGAUAUUUAUAUAAGCCUUGUCAUUUUUGGCACUCCAUAGGCAAUUUGGGUUAAUCCCAACCUAAAUUAUUCAAUCAUCUUGCUUGUUCAAUGGAGUUGGGAAGCAUUCUACAAUUCCUAGAAAACAGGUCCAUUCUUGUUACUGGAGCCACUGGCUUUCUAGCAAAGAUUUUUGUUGAGAAGAUACUGAGAGUACAACCACAUGUCAAAAAACUCUAUCUUCUGUUGAGGGCUUCCGACACAAACGCAGCCAUGCUACGUUUCAGCAACGAGAUUAUAGGAAAGGAGUUAUUCAAAGUUUUGAAAGAGAAAAAUGGGGCAAAUUUGAGUAGCCUAAUUGCAGAAAAGGUUAGAGUUGUAGCUGGAGAUAUCACCUUUGAGAAUUUGGGUGUGAAGGAUUUAUCAUUGUUGGAGGAAAUGUUGACUGGAAUUGAUGUUGUGGUUAACCUAGCCGCAACCACAAACUUUGAUGAAAGAUAUGAUGUCUCACUUGGAAUAAAUACGCUUGGAGCCAGGCACGUUUUAAAUUUCUCCAAAAAAUGUAAAAAGUUGAAGAUUUUGGUACACGUAUCAACCGCUUAUGUAUCUGGUGAACGGGAGGGAUUGAUACUGGAAAACCCUUGUAUGAUGGGAGAGACGCUCAAUGGAACACGUGGACUCGAUGUUGAGGCCGAGAAGAAAUUGAUAGACGAAACACUGAAACAGCUCAAGGCUCAUAAUUAUGAUGAAGAGUACAUCAAAUCAUCAAUGAAACAUUUGGGAAUUCAAAGAGCAAGGAAGUUUGGAUGGCCAAAUACAUAUGUGUUCACGAAGGCGAUGGGAGAGAUGUUGUUGGGAGAGUUGAAAGAAAACAUACCUCUUGUAAUAAUUCGUCCCACAAUUGUUACUAGUACUUAUAAAGAGCCUUUCCCAGGUUGGGUUGAAGGGGUCAGGACUAUUGACAGCUUGGCUGUGGGAUACGGUAAAGGAAGACUGACAUGUUUUCUUGGCGACCCCACAACUGUUGUUGAUGUGAUUCCGGCAGACAUGGUGGUGAAUGCAAUAGUGGUGGCUAUGGUGGCUCAUGCCGACCAAGCAAACGAGAGCGUAUACCACGUGGGAUCAUCAGUGUCAAACCCAGUGGAGUACGCGUCGCUGCAGAGCUACGGGCUGCGGUACUUCAGUGACCAUCCAUGGAUUGACAAAGAUGGGAAGCCUAUCGUGGUCGGAAAGAUAACUGUUUUGAACACUAUGGAGAGUUUCCAGAGAUACAUGAGGCUCCAUUAUUUACUCCCUUUGAAGGGGUUGCAAAUGCUGAACACGGCUUGCUGCCAGUAUUUCCAACAGAUGUACAUAGAGAAAUACAGAAAGAUCAAGUUCGUGAUGAGGCUCAUCGACCUCUACGCACCUUACUUGUUCUUCAAAGCAUUCUAUGAUGACAUGAACACUGAGAAACUCCGAUGUGCAGCAAAAGAACUGGAGACUGAGAUGUUCUAUUUUGACCCCAAAACCAUAAAUUGGGAUGAUUAUUUCAUGAACACUCACAUUCCGGGAGUGGUCAAACGUGUCUUCAGAAACUAACCGAUUCGCAAGUAGUACAAUUUAUCUGCCAUGUACUAUCAAUUCCAAUUUUUAGUUUCUGUUAGUGUGUAUCAAGUUGGUAUUUUGUAGUCUGUCAUUUUCUUUCAGGCUACACAUGUAAACGUUGAUUGAUUUGGAAUGGAAUGGAAAAGCAUCCUUAGACA